AUGUCGAAACCAUCAAGUAUUCAGUCCCACAUUGAAGAGGUCGAGAAGCCCGCUGUCCACCAUAAUGAAGCCCUCAGUCAAUUCACCCCGCAGGAGCGGAAAAGACUCAUCCGUCGCAUCGAUCUGCGCCUGGUCGUCACCUUGGGCUGUCUCUACUGCAUCAGUUUGCUGGACCGAACAAACCUUGGUGCAGCAUCUGUGGCUGGUAUAACUUCCCUUGUUUUCUUCAUUACCUAUACCAUAUUCCAGAUUCCGGCGACCGUUAUUAUCCGCAAGGUUGGACCGCGCAUCUUCCUCUCCGCGAUUGUCUUGUUCUGGGGCGCUGUUAUGAUUGGUUUCGGCUUUGUUCCAUCAUGGCCCGCCAUGGCUGGACUGCGGGUUGUCCUCGGAGCUCUCGAGGCGGGCUUCUACCCUGGUUGCGUUUACCUUCUGAGUACCUGGUAUCCGCGUUACGAACUACAAAAACGGAAUGCUGCUUUCUACCUCAUUGGUAGCACAGCAUCUGGAUUUGGAGGCAUUCUGGCGUACGGGCUGAUGCAAAUGAGCGGCAUUGGAGGGCUUGAGGGUUGGCGGUGGAUCUUCAUCAUCGAAGGUAUCCUCACCUGCGUUCUCGGCUUGGGGUCAUACUUAAUCUUAGUUGAUUUCCCCGAGCAAUCACCCAAUUCAUGGCACUUCCUCAACGAGUCCGAAGCCACGUAUAUUAUUGCCAGUAUCGAAAACGACCGAUCAGAUGUCUAUGCGGAACCGUUCACAUUGAAGGGUUACCUCCGUAACACCAAGGAUAGCAAGGUCUGGCUGUAUGCUAUCCUUUACAUGCUAACCACAACAAAUACGUACUCGAUUGCGUACUUUCUUCCGAUCAUCCUGCAGGAUAGCAUGGGAUUCUCUGUCGUCAAGGCACAGUGCCUUGUCGCGCCGCCGUAUGUUGCCGCUGCAAUAGUGAUGUUUAUCCAAGGCGUCGUUGCUGAUAAGUGGCGAAUCCGAGGGCCAAUUGUGGCUAUCAAUGCUGCGAUGGGAUUGCUGGGCUUGGGACUACUCGGUUAUCUGGAUAAUCCAGCGCCCCGUUACUUCGGAGUCUUUCUGGCUACCAUUGGAGGCAACGCCAACUGCCCCGCUCUUGUAUCAUGGCAGAGCAAUAAUAUUCGCGGGCAGUGGAAACGAGCCCUAACGUCGGCAACUUUGAUCGGCGGGGGCAGCAUUGGAGGCAUUCUCGGAACCACCGUCUUUCGUGCCCAAGACGCGCCGAACUACCGUCCCGGCCUGUUGACAACCAUGUUGGCAAAUGCAAUCAUGAUUCUGAUUGUGGAGUUAGACGGAUUGAUAAUAUAUGACAGCAGUUCAUUUGCAUAG